AUGGCCGAUUUAGAAUCAUACUCCCCGACCCGCGAGGCGGGUCGCAUCUUCUCCCUGCUAUGCGACCAAUCCGAACGCUUCAGUUUGCCUCCUCAAGUGGUUGAGAACCGGGACAAGGUCUCGUUCUACUCCUCCCACGACCAAAUCUACUAUCCAAUUCCCUUCAAGGAGACCGAAACCUUGGCUGCGUUGAAAGGUGUUGAAGGUUCCGUGGCCGCAGCCCUAGCCGAUUUGCGGUAUGGCGCGCCGUCGCAGAAUAUCAGGGUUAGUUUGGAGAAGGCUACGGCGUUUGGUUGCCAGGCGUACAUGGCCAAGUUGGAUGGGUUGUCCAAGUUGGAUCCUGCUGUUAAGGCUAGGUUGAAGGACACGGAUCUUUUGGCCGCACAGUCGAAUGGGUACCGCCGUAUGUCUGCCAACCUUUAUCGCACCAAGAACCCUGGCGAGUUCUUCCACAUUCACGGCUCACUGGAAGCUACGACGACAUUGGAUAUGAUUGGUUUGGAGGGUCAUCGGCCAGAUUUGACAGACUACGAGGAGAUUAUUAAAGUGAUCGAGAGCCAUGUGCAGAAAUAUGGGGCUGCAGAGCUGGAGGACAUGAACCGGGAGAGGAGACAGGCUGGUGUGACGGCGUUCAAGCAUGAGGACUUUGUCAAGACACCUCAUGGCCAAGUUAACAUGCAAGAACCGUUCUGGAAGGUGUCACGCUUGCAGGGCGACAUUCCUCCAACACCAUUCCCCGCUGGCCGUUCCGGAAGUAAGAAGAUUUUGGAAGGAAUCAAAGUCUUGGAACUCUGCCGUAUCAUUGCCGGUCCGACUGUCACCCGGAUUCUGAGCGAAUACGGCGCCGAUGUUUUGAAGAUCACCAGCCCCAACCUGUCGGAUGUCCCGUUCUUCCAGGUCGACGGAAACAUGGGCAAGCAUGCAGCCGACCUCGACUUGAAGUCAGAAGAAGGCCGACGCCAAUUCGAAGAGCUCAUCGCGGAUGCUGACGUCGUUGUCGACGGGUAUCGCCCUGGAGCUCUGGAGAAACUGGGCUACGGUCCGAAUGCUCUUGCCGCUUUGGCUGAAAAGCGCGGCAAGGGUGUUGUGUACGUGAAUGAGAACUGCUUUGGCUACGAGGGUGAAUGGGCUGGACGACCGGGCUGGCAGCAGAUUGCCGACUGCGUCACCGGCAUUGCCUGGGCCCAAGGCCAAUUCAUGGGCCACCCCACCCCCAUGGUCCCCCCAUUCCCCAUCUCCGACUACGGCACCGGCUGCAUGGGCGCAAUCGCAGCGCUGACGGGCCUCUACCACCGCGCCAAAACCGGCGGUUCCUACCACGGCAAAGCCUCCCUCAUGCACUACGACCUCCUCCUCUUCGCCGUAGGCCAAUACUCCGCCUCAAUCCAGGAAUCCAUGCGCGCCGCGCAACCACCCGAGUUCUUCGCCCUUCGUCACUGUGACAGCGUCGACCGCAUCUCAUCCACCGUGCUGAAGAUCAUGCAGCAGCGGUUCCCGCAUUUGUAUGUGCCCGAGGUGCUUACGGAGAAGUGGCACUCGGAGGCGUACAAGGCGGAUAUCGAGGUUGUACGGCCGGUGACAGAGAUUGAGGGGGUUGAGAAUGUGUUUGAGCGGGGGAGUCGUCCGAAUGGCGUGGAUCGGGCGAGUUGGGAAGAUUUUAGGAAGCAGGAGGGGGAUUACAAGUAUUGA